AUGAGUGUAAACCAUUUAAGUGUAAGAAUCAAGCACAGCUGUCUUCGCAUUUAUGGAGAACUUGUUAGCAAAGAAUUCAGUUUCCAGUGUUUCAGAAAAUGUACGAGUCCAUCAAAGUGCAAUUGGGUGUUUACUGCAGCUGAACAUCUUUGCCUCGCGGCGAUCUCAAACCCUUAUAAAGAGUCAUUCCUCCUUCAGGCAUGUUCAAAAGUUGUAACUCGAAGAGAAAGAAAUCAAGAGCUGUUCAGAGUAUGAUUAAAAAAAGUUACAUAGUCACUGAAAGUUAGAAAACUAAGACAGAAGUGUAAGAAAAUGCUUUAAAAAACAGUUCCUGGUUUACAUAGUAUUGCGGCAAGUUACAAACUCUGGAAAACAAGAUUCAUCUGGAGAGAAGAUAGUUUCUAUAGCUACUAUUGUAAGUCAACAAAAAAGUCAUAAGUGGUAUAUAAUUCAUCUGAAUGAAGCCAUUGUUAUUCCUCUAGCUUUGUGUUCUGCUUAGUUUUGCCAUGUUUUUGAGUGAGAUCGUAGAUCACAACCUUUCAGUUUGACCUCAUUUAGCUUUUGUGUUUUCUUCUCUUGUUUCAUAUCAUACAUGUAUGACUGUUGACACGAGUUACAUGCUAUUUGUCACGGUUGUUCUUCUUUGGUAACCUAGCAUGUUUCUUCGCAUGUUUGUUAAAUUUUUACAUUAUAGAGUAGUUUUACUCUCCUUAGUGUAUUGUUUAGCCGUGUUAGUAAUUUUUAGCAUCAUUGUUUUCUUCUAGCACUAUUGCCCUGUCUUAUUAACAGUGUUACUUGAAAUAGUUAUAGUUAUUAAUUCUUUUAAUAUUGAUAGAUGAUUUACAUAUAAUACUUUAACCUUAAAGUAUGAAAUAUACAAUAUUGUUACAAGCAUCUCAAAUACGAACUAUUAGGUUGCAUUUAACACAACUCUUUAUUAUAAAUUCUGGCUUACCUUUUGGAGUGGUACCUAUUAAACAUUAGCAGGACAUGUACCCCUGUAUCAAUAUGUCACACUUUCAGACUGUAUACCUAUAGUUUUCUUGCUAUUUGUUCUACUCUGGUUUCCUUGUGGUUGAUUCCAUUAUGAUUUAGCUUAGUAUGAAGUCUGCAAAUGUCAGCUGAUGUUGUCCCUUAUUUAGGUGAACUGUUAUACAGUAAGCCACAUGCAGUCAUAGAGUGCCUAUUUUAGACUUUGGAAAACUUAACAUCACUUUCAUGCAAAACAUGGUUCAAUGUUAUGUUUUGUCAUUGACUUACAAUGCAGUAUGUGAAACGUGUCUGUACUUGGCGGGGCUUAGUGCAGGUCACAGGUCACAGGUCACAGGUCACAGGUCAGGUCACAGGUCAGGUUACAGGUCACAGACCAGGUGGCAGGUCAGACCACAGGCCACAGGUCAGGUCACAGGUCAGAUCACAGGUCACACACAAAAACAAUAGGACACUGGACAAAACUGUUCUUGAUUGACAUUUUUUUAUGCAAAAAUAAAACAAGCCAAGGAACCUCGAUUAUAUUUUUUCUGUUCUGAACUUUACCAAAUCCCACACAUGAGAAAAUAUAUUCAUGUUGAUCACGCAAGGAGGACAUGCGGUACAGCGUAACCAAAGUUGGUAACGAAAUCACAAAGGUACGCAAAAUCACGUGAUUUGUUAGAAAAAACGAAUCUCAAAACGAAGGGUUGUUGCGUUAAGAAUAUCAUGACGUGUUUGUGGAUAACGAAAGAAAAACUUAAAGGACAGUUGAAAACUUAUUUGACCACUGAAAUAUGGCAACUUUCUACAGACUUUCCUCAUCCUAAACUCUUCUUGCCACUAGAUCGGUCUUCCAUCUCUUUUGAAGAUGGCGGCCCACUGCUCGCGCUUCGUACCACUCACAAAAUACUGCUGUGUUAAAGUGUAGUCGGCUAAGAACUUCAGACACUGCUAUUUGGGCCUCUCGAAUAGUUGCUGGACCAUAUUUCUCGGCUCUUCUCCCAAGAGCUUGCCAUUUUCUCAUGCACAACAGCUUGAAAACCUCUGUUGGAUUUGCCUCGUGGGCCUUAGGUGGGAGCAUUCCGCCAUUACAACUUGAAUCUUUGACUCUGUAAACUGCUGAUAUAUCAAAGGAUUACAGUGCUGCAUUUCAAUGACUCGCUCCAAGUUAUUUUGGCUGCAUGGUUUAUUUGGAGAUGACAUUCUAAUAACACGACAACACUUCGUUUUCAGUGAAAAACAUGUGAUUUGUUUUUUGUUCAAAUCACAUGAUUUUGUACACCUUUGUGAUUUCGUUACGAAGUUUGGAUAUGCCGUAUGAUCAGCAUGAAAAUAUUACUCCAUGUGUGGAAUUUAAUAUUGUUUAAAGGACAAAAAUAUCAUCAAGGUUCCUUGGCUUAUUUUAUUUUUGUAUAGUAAAACGUCAGUCCAGAACAGUUUUGUCCAAUGUCCUAUUGUUUUUUUUGUGACCUGUGACCUGUGGCCUGUGGCCUGUAACCUGUGAGCUGACCUGUGACCUGUGACCUGCACUUUAGCCCCGCCGGUCUGUACUUUAUGAAAUGUUUAAUAAACGAGCAGCAGUGUUUUAUUUUGGCUCGUGAUUUUACACCCGCUAAAACACGUGCCACGAGUUUGUUAAACAUUACUUCAAGGACAAUCCUGGAAAAGCGUGUCUCAAUGGAGUUGAUAACAAUGACGCUAUUGUGAACGUUGGAAAUUAGUAUAUGGAAAAAAACAUUGCGCAUGAAGUUAUUAUCCAAGACAAUCAAAUCUCAGACAUGUUUAGAAAUUUUCCAGUCUAUGAACAACAUUAGCCAAAGAGGACAUGGUGUCUUGUUCCAGAGCUUUUUCGGAAGCCUAAAAAUGCCAAGGAAGAGGGGAAGUUAAUCAAAAAUGGUACCCCAAAGUCAACAAGUGCAGUGAAAAAGUAGUCUUUGAAAAUAUUGUUUCAGUAUUCGAAGUCUUGAGUGCAGUGCUUGCUAUAGCCAACAUUACUGCUGAAUGAUUGAACAUUUGUCUGAUUAAAUUGGUGAAAGAACAAAGUUUCAUUUUGUGCAGUAGUAAAUUUGCUGUGUGUGUUAUUCUGAAAGAACAUUAAAUAUUCACCAAGAAUUUGUUGUGAAAGUUGCUGUGCUGAAAUUAAUAUUCAUAAGUCACGGGCAGUGACACUAUAUCUGAUAAAACACCGCAUACUAAUAAGGGGAGGUUUUAUCAGAAAUAAUGUCACUGCAUAUAUGAUGUAUUAUCGAUCAUUUGAUAGGUCAAUGGGGUUAUGAAUUAGUAAUGACUUUUUGAAGUACAUGUAAAUUGAAGAUUUAUGUACCUUGUGCAUAAAAUUAAUCCUGGGGACUUAUUUAAUGGAAAUAUUUUACUGGAAUGAAAAUAGAUAUGAAUGUCAGUAAUGCUAGAAUUAACUGAUUAUUUGAUAGAUUCAGCAAAUUGUUCCUGAUGAUGAGUUUGCUGAUUUUAUGGAAGCCAUUCAGAGGGAACUUCCGAGUACAUUCCGCAUCACUGGAACCAGGAGGUAAAUAAGCACUGCUGAUCUCAAUUUAUUUGUGAUAUUCAAAUUUGCUCAAGCAGUCAGCUCAUCAUGUGCAUAAAAAAUACACAUGUACACCUCUGUACCUUUAAGUCUGUAGUACAGUUUGCAUAUUAUUUGGCACUUGUCACAGUAAUUUUUGAUGCAGCCAUCAUUCUUUAAUUCUAGGAGUACAAAAUGGACAUGUAUCAAUAAAGAUUAAGGUGUUGAAUUUUAUGCUUGGUAAAUGUAAGGCAUGUGUGCGCAAAGACUAGGACUCAAUUUGUUCUUGUUACACACUUGUUACAUGCUGAUUGUCAUGUUUCUUCACAACUGAAUGAGUCUCAUUCAAGCCUGUUGAUCAAAAACUUCAAUCUCACACCAAUUCAUGCCUGCAGACAAUUAUUUCUCAUGUCUGGUGGAAAAUUGAUCAUUAUUUUUCAGACAAUGGAGGAAAAAUUAGAUUUGAUUUCAAUGGAAACUACAUACAGCUGUACUGUAAUUUUGCUGGGAACUUAAUUUCACGCUUAUAUUGAGAAAGUUUUUUGUGCAAGUGUUCUCUAUUCAUUUUCUUUUUCAAAAAGUCGGACCAUUUUUACGUUUAAAAACAAAAUGGGACAAGCAAACAUACCAGAAACUUCCACCUAUCAGCCCUGAUCCCUCCCCCCAAGUUAAAAGCCCUGUAUCCAUCUAUAAACAUAAGUGACCAGCACUUCUUACAUGAUUGUAUCUUGUUUUAAAGCACUUUUUCUGAUCCCACUAAUGACUAUAAGUCACUCCACCUUUUCUAUUCCUUCUAUGAGCCACUCCAUUGAUAAAGCUUAUAAGCGGCAGUAAUGUGACCUUUCAUGCGAAAACGUGCUAUAACGACUUUCCGUCACAUGGGUGAAACGAACGGCCAUCGAACGGGUUACAAACGGGUCACCAAGCCGUUUUAAACGGGUUUCAAUGAGUGUUCAAACGGGUGAUUAAGUAUUCCGAACGGGUAGCUUACCCAUUCGAACGGCUCGGGGAAAAUUGCGAAUGGGUAGCCUAACCGUUCGAACGGGUCGUAGAACAUUCCGAACGGGUAACCAAACCGUUCGAACGGCUCAUAAACAAUUCCGAACGGGUAACCAAACCGUUCGAACGGCUCAUAAAAAAAUUCGGAACGGAUAUUUAAACUGUUCGAACGGCUCCGAAAAGAAUUUCGAACGGGCGAUCUAAUCGUUCGAACGGCUCAUGAAAUCUUUGAACGAGCAGUCACGAACGGGCGUCGAUAGAACCUGGAACAUGGAACAUCCCGGAACAUUCCGGAACAUUCCGGUACAUCCCGGAACAUUCCGGAACAUUCCGGUACAUCCCGGAACAUCCCGGAACAUGAAAAAAUUAAAUAUUUUUCAUGAAAAAAAAAUUAUAUAAAAUAAUAAUAAUGAAAUAGUUUUUGCAAAAAUUAAUAAGAACGUAAAAUAAAAAAAAAACGAAAAAUAAGGAAAUAAUCAAGAAAAAGAAACUGGUAUCCUCUCUGAGUAUGAGAAAACAAUAUUUUGUCGCAACAAAUUAAAAUUUGUUGGACGAGUGAGGGUUCAUCCAAAUGACAGUAAUGAGUGAAGGCUUGCUUCUAAAUUCAAAAUAUAUUAAAAUGGGUGGCGAGGAGGGGGUUUUCAAGCUUUCCUCACAUAACCACCUCUUGUAAUUGUUUGCCAUGAGUUAAUCAUUUGGCGGUUAUCCAUUUACGGUUCUGCGAUGGUCUGAAAUAUCAGUGCAGUAUUUCAUGUCAAGCCAAGUCGGUAAGUAACUCAUGUCAAGCCAACAUAUAGUCUCCUAGUGUAUAACCGACAUUUGCUUACUUGAGGUGCUUUGCUUCACUUGAGGUUGACAUGAAUUACUUACAGACUAAGCGGCUCUGUAAACUUAAGAAGAGUAUGGGGGCUCCUGUCUUUGGAUUUUAGUGGACAACACUCACAUUCUUAGUAGGUUCUAUACUGUUUACAGUCUGCAUGAUAUUUCAGAGGUCUCCUCGAGUAGCAAGAGGAGUUUGCGGGGAGACAACUAAAAUUCAGGCUAACUGAUAACAGUUAGAAACUACCGCUGUGCUAGCACUGCCACUGCAACUAUUCUGCGGCGAAUGUGAACGUUUAAUUUUAUUAUCCAAGUCCAAAGUGACGAGCCCCUAAGCUCUUCUUACGGUCGCAAAGGCGUAAAUUGAUAACCGUUAAACCGCAUGGCAAACAUUUACAAGAGGUGGUUAUGUGAGGAAAGCUUGAAAACCCCCUCCUCACAACCCAUUUUAACAUAUUUUGAAUUUAGAAGCAAGCCUUCACUCAUUACUGUCAUUUGAAUGGACCCUCACUCGCCCCAAAAAUUCAUUGCGACAAAAUAUUGUUUUCUCAUACUCGGAGAUGAUACCAGUUUCUUUUUCUUUCUUUCUUUCUUUCUUUCUCUCUUUCUUUCUCUCUUUCUUUCUUUCUUUCUUUCUUUCUUUCUUUAUUUUUCGUUUUUAUGUUAUGUUAUUUAUUUUGUUAUUAUAAAUUUUUGCAAAAAUUGUUUUCUAUCUAUUGUUCUUUUUAUUAUUAUUAUUAUUAUUAUUAUUAUUAUUAUUAUCAUCAUUAUCAUUAUCAUUAUCAUUAUUAUUAUUAUUAUUAUUAUUAUUAUUAUUAUUAUUUGAUUAAUUAAUUAUUUUUUCAUAAAAAUUUUUUAAAAUUUUUUCAUGUUCCGGGUUGUUCCGGGAUGUUCCGGGAUGUAACGGAAUGUUCCGGAAUGUUCUGGGAUGUUCCCUGUUCCCGGUUUUAUCGACGCCCUCACGAAACGGCUUCCUCUAAGCGAAUAAACGGGAGUUGUAAACAAUCCAUCGACUUCAAAACUCAACAACAGUGAAUGGAAAAACGCUGUUUUGAAUCCUUCGAAGUCUUUUCUUGCCUGAAAAAAAGUCAACCAUAGGAUUUGGUCGACUUUUAAAAGAUCUUCUUUAAGAAAAUGGGGGGAAAAAAACGAGCUCAUACAUUAUCCACUCGCUAGGAGGUGAAUAUUGUUGAAUAGUCCGAGAUAGCGUACCAAUCAGAUUGCUUAAAUCACCAAGAUCACUGAGUGUGUAUAUACUAAAGGGUUUUAGCGCGGGCGUCAAUAAAACCAGGAACAUGGAACAUUCCGGAAAAUCCCGGAACAUGAAAAAAUAAAAAUAAUUUUCAUGAAAAUAAAUAAAUAAAGUAAUAAUAAUAAUAAAAAAAUUUUUUAUAAAAAUUAAUAAUAACGUAAAAUAACAAAAAACCGAAAGAGAAAGAAAUAAAGAAAAAGAAACUCGCAUCAUCUCCGGGUAUGAGACAACAAUAUUUUGUCACAAAUAAUUUUUGGGGCGAGGGUCCGUGGAAAUGACAGUGAUGAGUGAGGGUUUGCUUCUAAAUUCAAAAUAUAUUCAAAUGGGUCGCGAGGAGGUUUUUCAAGCUUUACUCACACAGCUACCUCUUGUAAAUGUUUGCCAUGCGGUUUAACGGUUAUUCAUUUCUGGCUUUGCGACCGUAAGAAGAGCUUAGGCGCUCGUCGCUUUGGACUUAAGUAACCGGUAACUUAACUACCUACUCGGCUUGACAUGACAUACUGCACCGACAUAGCAGACCAUCACAGAACAGUAAAUGGUUAACCGCCAAAUGAUUAACUCAUGGCAAACAAUUUCAAGAGGUAGCUGUGUGAGUAAAGCUUGAAAACCCCCCUCCUCGCGAGCCACUUUAAUAUAUUUUGAAUUUAGAAGCAAGCCUUCACUCAUUACUGUCAUUUGCAUGGACCCUCACUCGCCCAACAAAUUAUUUGCGACAAAAUAUUGUUUUCCCAUACUCUGAGAUGAGUUUCUUUUUCUUAAUCAUUUCUUUAUUUUUCGUUUCUUUUUUUUUUUGUUAUUUUAUGUUAUUUUGUUAUUAUUAAUUUUUACAAAAACUAUUUUAUUAUUAUCAUUUUAUUUAAUUCAUUUUUUUUUCACAAAAAUUACUUUAAUUUUUUCGUGUUCCGGCAUGUUCCGGAAUGUUCCGGAAUGUUCCAUGUUCCAGGUUUUAUCGACGCCCGUCACAAACGGCUUACAAACUUGAUGAUUGCAAUUUGUUUUGUUUAUUUCGAAUGGUGCCGUGCCGAUACACAUCUCACUUAAAAUUAAUUUCGAACGGAUAGCUUUCAAUCGUUGAAACUGCUCCUGUUUAUUUCACCACUGAAAGCCAAAGAAAGUAAACUUGAAACACAGAGAACAUUCGUAACUGAGUUUGCUGAAGCGGAACUCGAAAGAAAAUCAACAGCGAAUGCAAACUUGCUAAAUAUUUGCGGUGAUGUUUUUCCUAGCUUUCUUACAAAACAAAUACCCAACUUUUUGUUUCUAACAGUUCCCGAUACAUUUUCAAAUUGUAUGCUAUGCCCUUUACUGUUGACUACGACUCAAACGCAUUCCCGUCAGUUCAGUUCGGUUGCGUGUCACUACACCGAUGUCGAUAAAUUUGCAUACAAGUUACACAACAGUGACAGGUAACACAACACCAGCCAAUCGCAUCAAUCACUUUGACAGUCGGACGCGUUGUCAUAACUACUCUCUCGCAGGAACUAUUCUAUACAGUCAAAAUCUUCAUCAUGGCUGAAUGCGAUCUGCUUGACGUGCUCAAAAGCGAAGAAAUCAUAGCUAAAGUGACAAAAUUUCUACAAGAAGGAUGCGGGUGCUCUCGUGGCUCGAAAGGCGGCCAGUGUUGUGAACAGUCUUCGAAGGAAGUUGUUCUUUCCAACUUAAACAAUUGCCUGGAACUGUCACAUGGAGAACUCAAUCUUGUUAUCUUGGCAAACAUUCAAGCAUGCACGAACAGUGAAAUCAUUGGCGAAAAAAGGAAAAAUUGUUCUUUGCCUUUGCAAAAUAAUAAUUGUCCAAUGUAACUGUAACUGACUCGUUGAUUCCUCCUCAGCGAGAGAUUCUCACGCAGAUCGAAAAAGCUGAAUUCUUUUAUACACAGUUCAGUGGAUUCUCUUCGAAAUAAGAGGAAUGCACAAGGCAGACUCAUGAGAUUUCGGUGUUCAGAAAAUCAUUUAUGUGCUUAUCACAACCAUAGUUAUACCGGUAAUGUUUAUUAACCCAUUCGCUCCUGGAGAUUUUGCCGAAAAAUGCCUUUUGAAGCUAGUCGAGUGGUUUUCUGGUCACUGUCAUGCUAUAAAGAGCUAAAACUUACCACAAACCGGUUUACAGGUGGUACACUUCGCGGCCUUCUGAUCCAGAUGCAAAAUAUCAGCUUGUGAAGUUCAGGCAUGCACAGAAAGCAAAAUUCCAGAAAAAAGUAUGAAAGAAGUAUAUUUGGCAAAUGUACUUCAUUUAUACUUUUUUUCUGGAAGUACAAACGAGGUAUACUUCAAAUGUACUUUUUUUCUGAGAAGUACAUAUAAAGUAUACUUAAUUUCUUCAAGGGACUAUGACUGUCUCAUACUCAAGUCGUUUGAACGGAUGGAUGUUCCAGCGAACGGGUGAGCAAGUCGUUCAAAUGGUUGGAUGUUUUUAACAAACGGGUGAGUAAGUCGAUCGAACGGUUGGACGUUUUUAUCGAACGGGUGAGCAAGUCGUUCAAACAGAUGGAUGCUUUUACCAAACGGGUGAGCAAGUCAUUCGAACAGCUGGACGUUUCUAUCGAACGGGUGAUCAAGCCGUUCGGAAGGAUGCAAAUUUUUUUGAACAGAUGACCCAGGUCGUUUGAACAAAUGCAAAUUUCUUUCAAAUGGCUUUCAAACGGGUUCUAAACGGAAUUCCGUUCAAAAACGGAAAGCUGUUAUAGCACGUUUUCGCGUGAAAGGUCACAGUUGAGUACUUAGUUUGUGACUUUGUGGCUUGUUUGCCUGGGAGGGAUACCCCAGGGAAGUUUGAGUAGAGUUGUGCCUUGGGUUCCUUAGAACACUGACCCUGUUUAAGACAAAACCUGUUCAUAGUCACUGCCCUAGCCUGUUCAAGACAAAAGACGGCCUUAUUUAUUUUAUGACAUUGAUUCGUUUUGUUUUUCAUGCAUAAUAAUAAUAGUAAUUUAAUAAUAAUUUACCAAUUUAUAUAGCACGUAUUUACAUAUUCUGAUCAAAAGCGCUUUACAAUCAUAUAUUUAAGAGGAAACGAAAAUACAUUACUAUGAGAAUAAAAUAAACUAAGUUACACACUAUAAAAAUACUUCUUAAAAAGAUAGGUUUUAAGUCGAGAUUUAAGAGUGUUAAGCGAUGUUGCUUGACAAAGCUCCACAGUUAAGCCAUUCCAGAGUUUAGGAGCUGCUAAUGAGAAUGAUCUUGCUCCCAAUGUUGUAAGCAUCUUUCCCUUGGGAUGGUUUUUUUUAUGCAUGAUAAAGUAAUUUUUUAAUCUACAUGCAACAUCAUGUAAUUAGCUGUUUUGGAAAAAGUUUCUUAUUAGAAUUUAAGUACAUAAUUAUAUAUACAACCUUCACACUUUGUUAAAUGCCUCAUCUGAAAGGAUACCCUGCUCAUGAUGCUAAAUAGUGAAAUUGUAUAUACUAUGUUUAGGACCCUAGAUCCUGAAAACCAUAUCCUGUUCAGUGGCAUAUGCAAUGUACCCAUGUAGGCCAAAGAAGGGUGUGUUCCUCCCCCUGGGCUCGCUCUCUUGUGCUGAUAUUUGCUCUGAUUGGUUACAACUAAUCAUUCUCGGGCGUUCACAGUUUUGUGACUUUGACAAUAACGUGGAUAUUUUCACCUCAAUAUAUUAUAACAUUUAUAAUACCUUACUAAACCAUGAUGUAAUAUGAAAGUCCCUGGUGUAAUGAAUGGCAUUAACUUGUAGUUAUAGUAAAAUGUAUGGCCAUGACCCAGUAUAAACAUCACCCACAAUAAUAAUCUGAACAUGAUGCACUCAACAUUUGUCUUUUUUUCUAUCAUUAACAGUCAUGCUCAGGAGUUGUUAAAUGCGAUAAAGAAAUUUCACCUUGCUGAUCUUGAGACAGUACAGAUUGAUGGAGUCAGUGCUGAUCCUCCAAAGCCUCUUCCAUGGUAAACAUGUACCUCCGACUGCCACUCUCCAGUUGUUCAAACGAUAGAUAGCACCAUCCACUGGAUGAAUCACUAUCAGACAGAUUAGUAUUAGGGAAACUGAUUUCGUUGUCCACUGGAUAGAGAUUUAUCCAGUGGAUAGUGUUAUCCAUGUUUUCAACAACUUUCAAGGCAGCAUGGCUACCUUUCGCCAUUUCUUAAAAAAAUUCCAGAUUUUCAUUUCCCAAAGUACAGAUUUUCAUUUCAUAAAUUACAGAUUUCACAAAGUACAGAUGCUCAUUUUGUUUCAUUUCGCAAAUUCCACAUGGGUUUGUGCUGAGAAAAAUCAAAGGAAACAGAAGUCAGAAUUUAAUAACCUGUACAGAUGACAGGUUCCGUGUUUGUAGUUCAGAUGCAUCUCCAGGUGCUUUCAUUACAUAUCCUACCUGCAGAGCAUAAUUGAGUGAUCAGGCUUGACCAGGAAUCCAAUCCUGACUUUGCGAUGACUGGGUGCAGUGCUCUAUCCAUUGAGAUACUCAAGCCAACUGGAGAGCAAGCCAUUGUGAGUUCUUUUAAAAUAGACCUGAUGGUGGAAAUGACGUGAAAAAUUGAAUUAUGUGAAACAAACUCAUUAUGGCUUGUUCUCCAUUUGGCUUGAUUAGCUCAAUACAGUGUAGAUACUGUAGAGCAUUGUGUGCCAUCAUUGUAAAGAUCAGAGUUCCAUUCCCAGGCAAGACUGAAUUUAUUCAGGUUCUUUUUCAGCCACUUACUUGCAUUGUUUGUUGAUCAUGUUCACUUUCAUGUAUUUAUCUGCAGUUCAAAAUAUGACUCGUUUCAUAUUAUUUGGACUGAUGUUAAAACAGCCAACUGCAAGGGAGAUUGGCUUAGUCUACAGCGUCUCCUGUCACCUUUGCUCUGCCAUUUACAUUUGCAAAACUGGGCGGAAACUGAGACAAUGUUUCAGCAAGCACCUUCAAAGCGUUGAGAUGGUGGUUUUUUCUGUCCCUCAGCAUCUUAACCCAGCUACACGGUCACUCCACUAACAACACUUUUGUUCGUGGAAUUAUGCUCUGUAAGGAAAAUGCACGAUGGAAGCACUUGGAGAUUUGCCUGAUCUUCAAAUUUGGCAACCGACAUCUGCAUGGGUUAAAUAAUUAAACAGGUAUACAAAGAAAAUUUCAAAUGAUUUACAUAUGGUGCGCAUUAUGGGAUGUGUGUUUCCUUCUUUUUUCCUUAUUACUUCGUAAUAGCGUAAUAGCCUGAUUACUCUAAGAAAAUAAUAGCACUGCCAGCAACAGCGUAACGACGUAAUAACAAAUAAAGUAAUAUCUUGGCCAGUACAGUAAUAGUGUAACAAUGUAAUAAAGAAAAAAUAGCACCACCGUGGACCAUAACAUAACAACAUAAUAACAAAGAAGAUGAUUAUACUGCCGUAAUAGCGUAACAACAUAAUAAAGAAAAAAUAGCACCGCCGUGGACAAUAGCGUAACAAGGUAAUGACGAUGAUUACACCACCACGGACCAUAGUGUAACAACAUAAUAACAAAGAAGAUGAUUAUACUUAAUCACACUCAUGAAAAAGAAUUUGCGUUCCGUCAGGCAUUAGCACCAGACUAUUUUGUCUCCCUUAUUAUUGUUCCUGAAAAGCCUCAAUGGGGAGGUUCAAUCAAGAAUUUAUGUUUGUAUACAGAAUGUAUGUUUGUAUACAUGACGCCAUGAUGCACUUCUUUGGCAGCCAUAUAUGAUGCAAACCACAGUCGAACUUGAUUGUUCACAUAGUAUCAAGUUGAGGAACAAACGUAAUUGCUCUUCCAAACCGAAGUCAAAACUUUGAUUCAGACAUUGUGCUUCUGCCGUCCUUUUGUCGAACAGAAGCACGACAUAUGAACUGUGCCUAAAUCUUCAUAUUUUGUUCUUUUGUUCAGCUCCCUGAUUGGUUACUUUUUGACAUCCGAUUGUACUGCUUUGGCCACCGCUUUUAUGAUUGGCCUUUUGAAGAAUGUCUGUGUGAAACGCUCAUCACGGUUCCUUGUUACAGUUCCUUGUCACGCACUUCAUGCAUAUUCUGGGCAGGUUGCUGGUUGUAUUAUUGAUUGCUCGCAGAUCGUGGAGCAGUUUCAUCCAGGGAAAUGAUUGGUUUUGUUUGAUUGAUGCUUGUUGUUUUAUUGAUCGUUCGCUGAUCGUGGAGCAGUUUUGUGCAGGGAAAUGAUUGGUUUUGUUUGAUUGAUAUUUCUAGUAGCGUGCCUGUGUAUUCUGUAUUGAUUGCUCACACUCUGUGCUGAUUUCAUCAACGGUAACGGUCAAUUUUGUUUGAGUGAUAUUCUGAUAGUAAUAGUGUCUGUGCUAGUACGUUGGAAAAACGCUAUGUCGAAAAAGCGGCGUUUAGCAGAAGGCUUCUCGCCAGAUGCGAUUGCGGGCAGACUUGCCGAAAAAACGCGUAUACAAGAGGAAAUGGAAAAUAUUGUUUUGAAAUUACAACGUUCCGACUGUUCAUACAUUUUAAGGAACAAUACAAUACAUUGCGGGAAACCGUCACAUUCACAGGUAAAAAGAAAAUCGCUUAUAAUUAUUCAGAUCCAGGAGGUACUUUGGAGAAAUUAAGCAACCUAAAAUCCUUAUUUAGCUGCAAUGAAGAACUUUACAUUUCAAAACAGGUCAAAGAAAAAAUUCUCUUGCAUCAGAGGGCAAAUCAUGCCGACCAGAAACAAUGACCGCAGAAAAUCAAUUUGCGUGUCAUGACCUCUCAGUUUGAAAUAAGCGGCAAAAAUCACAUUUGAUCAGUCAAAACGUUUUCCUCCAGAGCAUAAUCUACCCGUCAGAAAAAAACAUAAUUGGAACAAGCAGCAUUUUAGCAUGAGGUAAAAGUCGUGUGUUGCAACUUGGUGCAGAUUGGUGCAACAUGGUGUAGUUUGGUGCACCUUGGUGCAGUCUGGUGCAACUUGGUGCAGUUUGGGCAACUUGGUGCAGUUUGGUGCAGAUUGGUGCAACUUGGUGCACUUUGGUGCAACUUGGUGGAGAUUGGUGCGACUUGGUUCAGAUUGGUGCAACUUGGUGCAGUUUGGUGCAACUUGGUGCAGUUUGGUGCAACUUGGUGCAGAUUGGUGCAACGUGGUCCACUUUGGUGCAGCUUUGUGCAGUUUGGUGCAACUUGGUGCAGAUUGGUGCAACAUGGUGCAGUUUGGUAAAACUUGGUGAUUCUGGAUUCUGGAUUCUGGCAUCCCAGAAACCUUGGUCAACGCAAUCCAGGUGCUAUAUACCAACUCUAGCAGUUCAGUGAUGGUUGAUGGAAGUAUCUCCAAACCAUUUAGUGUUACCACAGGAGUGCUUCAGGGUGAUGUAUUAGCUCCAUUUCUUUUUAUUAUCUUGGUAGACUACCUGCUGCUAAGGUUUACAGAUGGUGACUCUGGAGUGCUGACUUGCCCUCGUAAAUCAAGUAGGUACCCUGCAAAAGUUUUAAAUGACUUGGACUUUGCAGAUUACAUCGCCUUGCUUGAGUCCUCCAUCUCCCGUGCUCAGUCCCAGCUAACCAGAACUGCCAAUGCUGCUGCUGACCUUGGACUUGUCAUCAGUACUCCCAAGACUGAGUAUAUUACGAUCAACUGCUGUCCACAGCCUGCACUAGAAGUAUAUGGUAGUACAAUCAGCCAUGUACAAGACUUCAAAUACCUUGGCUCCAUGAUGGCAUCUAGUAGUGGGGAUCUCAAAAGAAGGAAAGGGCUUGCAUGGACAGCUUUUUGGAAGCUGGAACGUCUGUGGAGACGCCCUUACGUCUCUAUCUCCACCAAGAUCAGUCGUGGGUCCUGUCGAAAGCAAUGGAAAGCGAGACCAAUGCCUUUGGUACCUCAUGUUAUAGAAUUAUGCUCAACAUCAAGAGAAUUGAUAGGGUGUCCAAUGCUAAAAUCUAUGAUCUAACUCAGACUGCUCCGCUAGUAGAAAAUGUCAGAACCCGCCAACUGAGGUUUCUGGGUCAUGUACUCAGGAUGCCUGAUGAUGAGCCAUGCAAGGAGUACGCACUGUAUAUUCCACCACAUGGGAAGAGAAAACCAGGAAGGCAACGAACCCUGUUUCUCAGAUACAUUCAACACCUUUUGGGAGACACAGACAACAUGAUUGGCCUGGGCAAGCUGUCUGAAUUGGCACAGGAUCGUUGUGGCUGGAGGAAGCUCGUAGUCGCCUGCUCUGCAGCCGACCGAUGAUGAUGAUGAUGAUGGUGGUGAUUCUGGUGCAACUUGGUGCAGUUAAGUGCAACGUGGUGCAGAUUGGUACAAUGUGGUCCUCUUUGGUGGAACUUGGUGCAGAUUAAAGUUGGUGGAGUUUGGUGCAACUUGGUGCAGAUUCGUGCAAGUUGGUGCACUUUGUGCAACUUGGUGCAGAUUUGUGCAACAUGGUGCAUGUUGGCGCAACUUGGUGCAACAUGGUGCCGUUUGGUGCAGAUUGGUCCAAUAUGGUGCACUUUGGUGCAACUUGAUGCAGGUUGGUGCAUUCUGGUGCAACUUGGUGCAGUUUGGUGAAACUUGGUGCAGAUCGAUGCAACGUAGUCCACUUUGGUGCAGAUUGAACUUGGUGGAGUUUGGUGCAACUUGGUGCAGAUUGGUGGAAGUUGGUGCAGAUUUGUGCAACAUGGUGCAUUUUGGUGCAACUUGGUGGAGAUUGAUUGAUUUUUGUUUGUGAAACCAGUCAUGCAGUCAUAGCUAAGCAGAGAGUUACAUUCUUCUUAGAACGUAACCAUGACACUUAUAAUCUGGUACCAAAGAGAUCACUAUCAUUUUGCGUACACCGCAGAAAGCCUGGUUCCGUACUUAAAACUAGGCAGUCUUUUGACUCAAACAAGCAUAUUCUCAACCAGCUACCAAUUGCAGAUUAAUGGAAGGAAAGCUUUCCGUAGGACUUUUUAGUCCUAGUUCGUUAUCCUUCAAUGACAACCCAAUCGUAAGCAAUUUCUAUUCUAAGAAAUUUUAUGCACUUUUCGAAGCUUUUCAAAGAUUCGCCACCAACUUGAAGGGAAUUUGAAUAUGAUCACCUUUGAUUACAGAACCACGCUUGCCCAUUAGUCAAGCAUAUCAUUCUGAUUACAGUGUAACUGAGCCAAUAAAGUAAAUGUUACUGAUCAUUUUCACUCCUUCUAAGCAGCAAAAGUUGAUCUAAAUUCUUCGAACGUACAAGCUGAGGACUCGUAGCCUUUAUUAUAACCCUGGUGGAGGUGCAGUAAGGCUAUCUUUGUCGACAAAAUUACUAUUGAUUUUCCUAUUUUUCUCCUAUUCUUUGAUACAAAGUUUCCUAUUUUUUCUAUUUUCUCAAUCCUGAGUUUCCUAUUUUCUGGAGCAACCAUGCCGCUGGACACCCUGAAAAAUUCCUUUGACUACAGAAACAACCUCAAUUAAUUAGCCUACGUGGCAGGCAUUCGAUAGGGAAGGAAAGGGAAUUUCAGGCGCGUGAGAAGUGUGAAGGGCGGGCGAGGAAGCAGGCUACCACUUCAUUAAAACACUUAUUUUUGAGAGGUCAUAAUAACACAACAUGUUUAGUUUUUUUCUUAAUCUGCUUCAAUGCAAAAUCUGUUGGGGAGGAAAUUUUCAAGUACUACUGGAAAGGAUUUUAUCAGGAAAAAAUGGUCUCCCCAAAAUCUACAAGGGAGAAAAGGAGCACCUUGGCUCGAGGAACCUCGAGGAGCUGCCAAAGUCAAUAUAUAGUUUGCUGUGGUUUCAGCUUACUGUAGAAAACAAGCUUUUCUCCUCCACAAAGACAUUCGUUAAGGGAAGAUAUAAGUUUUAAAAAACACCUUGUUGAACAAAACUGUCACUCUUAUUUAUUAGUAUCUUAUCGGGAAUAAAGUGCGAUAGAAAUUGACGAACUUUUCAUUAGAAAACCUUUCAAAUUUCCUUUUGCUUUAUUCUUAUUUGAAGGAAAAUUAAUAUUUUACAGCAAUUUUCCUGUUUUUAGUUAGUUUUCGAUGACUUUACUUUACUUUGUUUUACUGCAACCUACAACACUAUCCCAAAAAUAAAAAAAUGUUUCCUCUGACUUUGCUUGGCUGGAUUAACACGUAUAACACUCUAGUAAUUCCAGCUUUGGAUAACCAGCACGAACUUGUUAAUCUCUCUUUUUAUAAGAGUCUUCGAACUCUUCCAGAAAAGAAAGUGCUUACAUUUUCACGAAAUGCUUUCCAAAAACUUGAAGCAGAAGAGGAUCGAAAUACACACUCCGUAAUUGGUUACAUUCAGUAGCCAAUAGGAAAACAAGAAUUUCGAUCUGCCACGUAGGUAUUAAUUAAUGUUCAAGUUCAAAGCUACAUAGACAGAAGGGCUGUGCCGUUCUCGCCAUGACAAAGUACAACUAAAGUUGCUCUUGUAAAAGCAACUAAGCACAAAGCCAACCCAGCAACUGAUGAGGUUCGUGUGGAGAACCGAAACCAUGGUCUUGCCUGAUCAAAAAGUGGCAAUAACAAAACAGUUUAAAGACUGUUAAGCUUAUUCAAAAGCUACCUCCAAGGGAGAAAUUACGUGCUCCAGUGAACAGAAUCACACUAUCUUUAGAAAAACACUAAGCUGGAGUUUACUGAGUCACAAUUCAAUUCUCCAUAGUAAGUUGAUGUAGCUUCAGUUUGAGCUACACUUCAUUCUUAUAUUUUUCGAUCUGUAAAUCACUAUCCGUGAUAAUUUAACAUUCUGCAAAGAAAACGAACGAGCUGGGCCCAGCAUGAUAUACAGCAUUGCAGAAAGACAUUACACUCACGGACUAAAGAAUAUUGCUUAGUUAUUCAGAUCCAGAAGGCCCUUUUGGAGAAAACUGGAACCCUUAUUCAACCGUAAUAAACAGCUUUACGCUUCAAAAGAGGUCAAAGAAAUACGCUUGCAUCAGAGGGUAAAUCCUGCUGACCAGAAACAAUAACUACAGUAAAUCGAUAUGUGUGUCAUGACCUCUCAGUGUGAAACAUGUCGCUAAAAUCACAUUUGCUCAGUGAAAAUGUGGAACCUUCCAGGGCAUAAUCUACCCAGCAGAGAAAAAAAAUAUUGGAAUGAGCAGCAUUUUGGCAUGAGGUAAAAGUCGUGUCGGCCUACCACCCCCUUUUAUUGCCAGGAUAACUAAGCAACCUCACUGUGGUCAUAAAUGACCUCAAUGACCGCGAAGUACUGAUUGAUCAGAAGCAGAUGAUGAUAUCACCACUUGUAACUUUGCCUUGAAAUGUUUAAUAGUCUUGUUACGGCUUACUACUUCACUCAUCUUUCCUAUUGGCAUCAAAGCUACAGUCUUCCUUAUUAUGCUAUUACGCUCUUUAUUGGGAGCAAAGCUACUGUAAAAGGUGUUUUAUUCUUCACUCAUCUUUCCUUAUUGGCAUCAAAGCUACUGUAAAAAGUGUCUCUUUUCAGUAUUACAAGUGUUUCAUCUUUAUUUCUGCUAUCAAAGCUACUGUAAAAGCAAGGUUUCAUCUUUGCUACUCUUCUUUCUUAUUGGGAGCAAAGCUACUGUAAAAGCAAGUGUUUUAUUCUUAUUACGUUGUUACACUAUUACGGCAAGGUACUCCACUCUUCUUAUUGGCAACAAAGCUACUGUAAACGCAAGUGUUUCUUUCGUAUUACAUUAUGACGCUAUUACGGCAAGGUACUUCACCCUUCUUUCUUAUUGGCAUCAAAGCUACUGUAAAAGCAAGUGUUUUAUUCUUAUUAGGUUAUGCUGGUACGGCAAGGUACUCCACUCUUCUUAUUGGCAUCAAAGCAAUUGUAAAUGCAAGUGUUUCAUUCUUAUUACGUUGUUACGCUAUUACGGCAAGGUACUUCAUUUUUCUUUCUUUUUAGCAUCAAAAGACUUUGAUUUCCUUCUUAUGGAUCUUUUUGUAAGCGCCAAUCAAGAUGGCAGCCGUUUGUGUCUGUAUUUGUCGUUUCAUUUCGUUUCUGAACUUGCUUUAUAUCUUACAAUUUUGUAUGGUACGGCAAACUAAAGGCCUCUGCUACCAGGUUAUGACUAAGUUUAACGCAAAGGCAUCUUUUAUCAAGAACAACCAAGAACUAAAGUUUCCAAGGCGGCCAAUUUCGAUCUGGUACAAGCAUGGUCCGACCUGUUUGGUUUUACCAAUAUAUUUAACUGUCCACAUGGAUGUUGAGCUUCAUCCUGGUCCCUUACAGAAGAAACCAAUUUAUUUGCUGACCUGUCUACUUGCGAUUUCUGUGAUAUCUGGCCUGGUCUCGCAUACAAGUGAUAAACUGUUGUCUAUGAAUUAUGCUGACACCCGCCGUGUUGGAUUUUGUGGUUCUUACUAUUCGGAUGUCUACCAUCAGUUUUCUUAACGGCCUUGUUCAUUGCCAUUAGCAUCGACCUACAGGAGGUGCCGCGCUGGCCAUCAAGUUAGAGAAAGGAGAGCUAGAAACAUUGACUGAAUUGAAUCCCUGGUUUCUUAUCCACGCACUAGCCGAGGAAGUGAUAAUUUGCAUAAAGGAUCCAUUUCAAAUAACCUCUGCGUCGUUACACCUGUGAAUAUAACAAUCACUUAUCUUCUAUCGUUACCUCGACUAACUCUUCACUUCAUACAAAUUUGUUCGUCAAUCCACGUUCAACUUUCCUAAACUUUGCUGUCUUCAAAUCUAGAUCUGUUAGGAACAAGAUCGAGAGCAUUAUUGACCACGUCGUAGAAAAUGACAUUGGUCUCUGCACCGUUACCGAGACCUGGUUAAAUGACGCUGAUUCUGUCAGUAUUGCUCAGUUGUCUGUGGCCGGUUAUUUCUUCUAGAAUUGUUCUUGACAAUCUUUAAACAGUGGUGGUGGAACUGGGAUUCUGUUUCGAGACUUUGUCAACGUUUCAUUACUGGAUAGGAAGGAAAACAAGUCCUACGAAUAUUCUGACUAGAUUGUUAAAGUGCACGAUCGCUCAAUGAGACAUAUUCUUUGUUAUCGACAACCAUAUUUUCUUUUUUAUGAUCCUGUGUUUUAGAGAAUGUUUUAUAUUGAUGAAUUCUCUUAUCUUUGGAGAGAAUGUUUUAGAUGACCUCGGUGACAAUGACACCAAGAAAUUUAUGGAUUUACUGGAAACGUUUAGUCUUUCGCAACACGUUUCCGGCCCGACCCAUUUAUUGGGUCAUACAUUGGAUCUAAUUAUUACUCGUUUGUCAGAUGAUGUUGUUCUUGCUUCUCCUAAAGGUACUUUUCCCAUCUCUGAUCAUUUUAUUAUUCAGUGUCCUAUUGGCUUCCCGUGACCAGCUUUAUCAUGCAAAGAACUGACUUUUCGUAAACUCAAAAAUAUUGAUAUUGCCAAAUUCUCAGCUGAUAUUGCCUCUUCUAUGCUUUGUGCAAGCGUAAACUGGGACAACAUUGAUGCACUCUCCGACUGCUUUAACAUGACACUUACUGACAUUUUGGACAAGCAUGCCCCGCUUAAAACAAGGAUUACGAUAAAUCGUCCAAAGAUCUCGUGGUUUAAUGAUGAUAUUAAACAACUCAAGCAUAAACGUCGUCGCCUUGAAAAGAAAGCCUUGCAAACUGACCUCCCUGGUGACUGGAAUAAUUACCAUAAAGUUCGUAAUCAGUACUCUGCACUUCUUAAUUUAAAUCUGCAUGUGUGAAUUAUUAUUGAAACCUAAUUGAUCAGGGUGCGGGUGACUCUCGCAAGCUAUUUCGUGUGGUUAAUUCUUUGUCCAGGGAACCACUUGAGAUGGCUCUUCCAGAGCACAAUGAUCCCACUAAGCUAGCAAACGAAUUUGGGACCUUCUUCCUCAAAAAAAUUGAAAUCAUAAAGGAAAAUCUUGACAAGUUUCAAGUUCAAGAGCCUCGACUUGCUCCUGUUACUCCAAAGAAGAAUCUGGAGAAUUUUUCUUCGCUAUCCAUAGGAGAAGUGUGUAAGAUUGUUUGGGAAUCCUCCAAUGCCUCUUGUCGGUUGGAUCCUGUUCCUACAUGGCUAGUAAAGUCCUGUCUUGAUGUAUUAGUGCCCUCUAUCACUGAGAUGAUUUAUCUCUCUCUUCUCAGUGGUUGCGUUCCAGAAAAUUGGAGAACCACUGUUGUCAUCCCUCUAUUGAAAAAACCUGGACUUAAAGUGCCCAUCACCUAAAAUUUUUUAUUUUCUUAUCUGAAACUACACCUUGUUAAAAUAACUUCUGAGAAAAAAUUUUGCGAUUUGAACCAAAGACGAUUUUUUUAGAAUUUUUUAAAAACGUUCAAAUUUGCCGCCAUUUUGGCACACCAUUCUUCUUAGUCUUCUCUCGGAGUAUGACGUUUACAUGACGUACUUUAAGGAACACGUGACCUUAUCGACAGGAAAGCAUUAAGAAUUCUGAUAGGUUUUUCUUUUUCAGAAAAACUUUCUUCUUGCCAAGACAUUGUGAUUCAAUUCUUACUUGUAACUGAUGUUUUUUGUGUACAACCGGUGAAGGCAAGGUGAUGCGAGUUCCUUAAUUUACGUCAUAUGUGAGCCUGCUAGUUUGCAUGAUCAGCGGCGCAGGUGUACCGCAAAAAUGUAGACAAAAAUUGGUAAAAAAAUCGCGUUUUGUUCAAACCGGAAAAUUUUUUCGCAGAAGUUAUUUUAAUGAGGUAUAGUUUCAGAUAAGAAAAUAUAAAAUUUUAGGUGAUGGGCACUUUAAUUUGGUCUACAAAAAUUUCCGUCCUGUCAGUAAUCUUCCAUUCAUUUCCAAGGUAGUGGGAAAGGCUGCACUUCAACAACUUCUCAUCCACUGUGAGAAAAAUGCCCCUCUUCCUAUAUUCCAGGCCGGCUUCCGUAAGUAUCACUUAACAGAGGCUCUAAUAAAGGUUCAAAACGACAUCUUAAUGAGUAUGGAUAAUAAGGAAGUGACACUUCUCGUACUUUUGGACCUAAGUGCUGCAUUCCAUUCUUCUGAAUAUUUUGCAACAGGAUUUUGGAGUCGUCGGAACUGCUUUAAAUUGGUUCGACUCAUUUCUGUCUGGUCGCAAACAACAUAUACUUGUCGGUGAUAAGACUUCUGACAACUUCAAUCUGAACUGUGGAGUCCCCCAAGGCAGUUGUAAUUGGCCUAUUUUAUUUACUCUCUACGUCUCCCGCCUCUUUAACAUUAUUUCUCAGCACCUCCCUUCCGUCCAUGGUUAUGCUGAUGACAACCAGAUUUACCUCUCCUUCCGACCUUGUUCUAUCCAUUCGGAAAUUAACACUGUCUCUGUGAUCGAAAAGUGCAUUGCUUAUGUUCACUCUUGGGUUAUUGGAAAUUGUUUAAUGAUUAAUGACAAGAAAACUGACUUUCCAAUUAUUGGCACCCGUCAACAACUUGAAAAAACAUCUAUUGAAUCUAUUAUCAUUGGUGACAGCGUCAUCAAACCUUUAGAAAGUGUCCGGAACCUUGGGUCCUGGUUAGAUGCUCAUAUGCGAAUGGAUGUUCACAUAGGCAGGAUUUGAAGCAAGGCUUUUUGCGGACUAUACAACAUAAGACAGAUCAGAAAAUUCCUUACCGCGCAAUCCACAAAGACAUUGAUCCAUGCCUUUGUAUCUUUGAACGGUGAUUACUGUAACGCACUUCCAUUUGGUGUACCUAAAUAUCAGCUUGAUCGUUUACAGAAUGCCACACCUAGAGUGACUUUUCAGAUUGCGAAAUUUGAUCAUAUCACACCCGCUCUUAUCGACUUACAUUGGCUUCCAGUAACGCGCUUUUGAAUAUUCUUCUAUAGUUUUAGCUCUGUACAAAUUCAUUAUCAUUAUCAUUAAAGCUACCUUAAAAAGCAAGUGUUUCCUUCUUAUUACGUUCUAACGCUAUUACGGCAAGGUUCUUCACUCUUCUUUCUUCUUAGCAUCAAAGCUACUGUGAAAAGCAAGUGUUUCAUUCUUAUUGCGUUGUUACGCUAUUACGGCAAGGUACUCCACUCUUCUUAUCGGCAUCAAAGCAACUGUAAAGGCAAGUGUUCAUUCUUAUUAUGUUAUUACGCUAUUAUGGCAAGGUUCUUCACUCUUCUUUCUAAUUAGCAUCAAAGCUACUAUCAGAGAGUAAUUGAGCCGGUGAUAUCAACCCCCACUAAAAACCCUUAAAGACAUCUUUCUAACCAGUGUAAACAAGAGGUAAUGGUCUUGUACAGUAAUCAGUUUCUUAUUACGCUAUUCAAGCGUAAUAAGAAAAAAGAAGAAAUGG